AUACUAAGAUAUUCGAUCAUAGUCAGGAGCAAGCAAAUCAGUGCAUAGUCUCUGUCAGGUAGGCUUUUAGCUCCCUUGAUUACUAUUACUUAUUGACCCCCAAUUUUCGUCGAGCGCUUCGCAGCCUGGCGUAAGGGUAGGGAGUUACAAGUUCGGGUCCGUAUAUAUAUGGAAAUGGCUAUGAGACAGUGCCGGUCAUGUCACACCUCGUUCCUGCAUUUUGACAAAGUUGAAAUGGGCACUGAAUCUUUGAAUGAGUGAGGUAGUGUAGAUAUUAAUUGUUGUUGAACUAGAACUUCUAUUUCUGCGAGUUAGACACGGGGGAUUCUUUGUACCUAAAGAAAGUUAGGAUUGUAGUAAGAGAAAAUGACAGGGUCGAGCUUUCUUCUUCCAUUGGGGAUUUUUAAAAGGACAGCCGGAUUGUCGGAUAUCUGCCAUCUUUGAUGAGUUCCUUGGCAGAAAAAGCUUGGCAAAACAUGGGUUUGGGAUCGUCGAUGUUUCUUGCAGUACUGGUUUUUGUUGCUCAUUUUCAUUUCUGUUACGCAGUGAAAGCUCCUUAUUACAGCUUUGUCCAAGAAUCAACCUCAGCCCCACAAGUGUCAUUUUAUGACUACAUAAUCAUUGGUGGAGGAACCGCUGGUUGUCCCUUGGCUGCAACCCUCUCCGCAAGCGCAAAUAUUUUAGUCCUGGAAAGAGGAGGAUCUCCCUACGCCAACCCUGGCAAGUCGGACAAAGAGAACUUCUUCCCAAAUCUUUUAGACCACUCUCCCGGAUCAUAUUCUCAAACAUUCAUCUCGGAGGAUGGAGUCUACAACAGCCGAGCACGCGUUCUUGGUGGCGGAUCAGUCAUUAAUGCAGGGUUUUACUCACAUGCUGAAGCUGAUUUCUUGAAGCAAGCUGGUUUGAAUGAAGCUUUAGUUAAUCAUUCCUACCAGUGGGUUGAAAAAAAGGUAGCUUUUAAGCCACCUUUGUUGCAGUGGCAAUCUGCUCUUAGAAAUGGGUUGCUUGAAGCUGGAGUUUUGCCGAAUAAUGGAUUCACCUAUGAUCAUGUUUUUGGGACCAAAGUUGGUGGAACUAUAUUUGAUACGGAUGGUCAUAGACAUACAGCAGCUGAUUUGCUUGAGUAUGCUAAUCCAUUGAAUAUUAAGGUUUACUUGUAUGCUACGGUACAAAAGAUCAUAUUUUCAACAAAAGUGUUUUCAAGACCAAGAGCGGAUGGGGUGAUUUUUGAAGAUGCAAUGGCAGUAAGACAUUCGGCAUUCUUGACAAGAGACUCCAAAAGCGAGGUGAUCUUAGCAGCAGGUGCCCUUGGAAGCCCACAAACACUAAUGUUAAGUGGUGUUGGCCCUGCUCAUCAACUUGAAGCAUUGGGCAUCAAAGUGGUGAUGGACCAGCCCAUGGUUGGCCAGGGGAUGGUCGAUAAUCCAUUGAACGUUCUGUUUAUUCCAUCUCCUCUGCCUGUCGAGCUGUCACUCGUUUCCAUUGUGGGCAUCACCCGAUUUGAUAGCUAUAUAGAAGCCUGCAGCGGUGUGAGUUUUGCUCCCACUUGGACUCAAAGGGUUGCUAAAGAGUUGGCGUCCAUCUUAAAUCAGACUGAGGAGAGCUCUAUGAGUAUAUUUCAGGAAGCAAUAGCUAACUCUCGCUCCUUCCUUAACACAAGAAUAAAAGGUGGCAUUGUUUUUGAGAAAGUGAAAAACCCAAUGUCGAGAGGCCAUCUUGAGCUUCGGAGUACGAAUCCUCAUGACAACCCCAAGGUCACCUUUAACUACUUCCAGGCACCAGAGGACUUGAGGAAGUGUGUGCAAGCCAUGAAAACUGUUAUAAAUGCUAUCAAUUCCGAAGCAUUCUCAAAUUUCCGUUACAAAAUUUUAUCAACAGAGGCUCUGCUAAACCUGAUAGUAAGGCUGCCCCUUAACCUGAGACCAAAACAUCUUACUUCAGCAUUUUCCUUGGAACAAUUCUGCAUCGACACAGUCAUGACCAUUUGGCAUUACCAUGGAGGCUGCCUAGUUGGCAGUGUUGUCGAUAAGGAUUACAAGGUUCAUGGUGUGGAUGCCCUAAGGAUUAUAGAUGGGUCUACAUUUACUCGCUCGCCUGGGACAAAUCCUCAAGCUACUGUUAUGAUGCUUGGAAGAUAUAUGGGACUGAGGAUUCUGGAAGAGAGACAUUUCUUGAAGAAGUAGAAUAAAUAUUUGUACACGAAUUCUUUAGCAGCGUGUCCUGCUGAUUUCCUGGAAAAAGGGACCAAGGGGCUGACUGGUAGCAGCUUAGCAGGCAAUAAACUGAGUCCUGAUGGGCUUGUAGCCGUUGUGGCUCAUAUGUUCUUUCUUUGGUUGCUUGGUUCAGUUAGACGCAAGACUGAAAAAAAAUAAUAUUAGGGAAAGAGUUUAAGACGUAUAUCUAUAUCACUUUUUUUAAACAUUCUAUUCGUUCAUUGAUUAUUUAUUUAAGUA